CGGUGUCGUCGUCGCGGUGUGUAUUGCUGUGCGCUCUGGACGGAGAAAAUUGCUGAAAACUCACUGAAAUUGGUGCAAAAUGGUGAAGUAGCCGUUCCACGGGCAGACCCACUGACUCAGUGACCAAGUGCAACGCAGAGAGCCGUGAGGUGUGCACGUACAUGAUGAAAAUUAAGUGACUCGCCAGGAGUUUUCAUUGUUUGGCGAGAGCGCAAAGUGUGUUGCGUGUGUGUGUGCGAAAAAGGGGCUGCGCUGGGCGCCUGGAGAAGCGCCCCCCAGUUCUCAAUUGUGUGCAAAUCAACUUUGAGCGUGUGAGCCAGGAUGACGGAGAAGAGCACGCGACUGGAGAAGAUGUCCAACUUCACCAAGCCAGUGCCCAUGAAGCUGUUCGCGGCCUGGGAAGUGGACAGAACACCCCCCAACUGUAUUCCAAGAUUAUGCUCCUUGACAAUAACACGCUUGUCUCUCCUGUCACCGCUUCCAGUGGACUUGUCCUCUGUGUCGCUGGCCGUGAAAAUGCAGAGCUCCAAGAGGACACUGCGAUCUCAUGAGAUACCCGUGCCACAGUCUGUGCUAACGGCAAACGCCAGCGGCGCCGUGCUCAAUAGUCCGCCACUGCUGGAGACGGAAUUGGACUUGAACUUCAGUCUUCAGUAUCCGCACUUUAUCAAGCGCGACGGGAAUCGCUUGCUGAUUCUGCUGCAGCGUCGCAAGAAGUACAAGACGCGCACGAUUUUGGGGUACAAGACGCUGGCUGAGGGCAUGAUAAGGAUGGACGCCGUGCUGCAGAAGUCCAUGGACAUGACGGUGGAGCUGAGUGCCACGGGAAAGGGCAGUCGACCCGGUGUGACAUUGGCCACACUUCGAGCGGAGCGAGUAUCUUCCAUUCCUGUUGAUCAUGACAAUAAGAAUAAUAAUAGUGUACUGCUGACGGAUCGUGUGAAUGAAUACUCAGAUGAGGAUGAGGAGGGUGAAUUCAGCUCGGGCGAGGAGAAUGACGAUCCCGGCGACGGUGUGCUGAGUGGAUACGACGCCAAGCGGGGAUAUGCUAAGAGGGGGAGCAAUUAUAGGAAAUUGGAAAGGUCGGAGAAUGAUGCUGAGACCGAGGAUGCACCUAUAGGUCAAAAUCCCGGUGAUAGUGACAGUGAAUUUGAGAAUCUUGGCAAGGAUAAAGGAAAUCGUGCCAAAAUGAGUCGUAAAUUAUUUUUAAAUGAAAAACUCCAAAAAUAUGCCCGGAUGGACUUUUUUCGGCCGUCUGCCGGGAAAGCAUCGCACUAUGAGCAGACAGGCAGCUUUCCGGACACCACAGAGAAGAUUUUAAUGCAGCGCAACUUUAAGCAGAAAAUUGUGGCUCUGCUGAAGCGCUUCAAAGUUCCUGAGGAGCUUGAUGGUGGCGUGUCACGACAUUCUGGCCGUGGUGAGCGUGUACUGGAUGCACUUUAUCAGGAAUUGGAGUCACUAUCGUGUGGCGAAGGUGAUGAAUCAGGACCAGAUAUGGACACUGUGUCCGUGGGCUCAACGCCGAAACCAUCUUUGCGACCUUUCUUCACGAAUUCAAGAACAAUGCUUCAUGAAAAUUUGAUGGGCGACUUUAAUAGUGACAUGAAGAUGCGACUGGAGAAGAGGGACUCCUUCAAUGCCCCGUCACUACCACUCGAUAAGAAAAAUUCCAUUCCAGGAGCAGCCGAGAGGAGCGGAGAUUGGCGAAAUGACAGCUCGGGGAAUGAGGGUGGCGCAGGCAAUACGGAUCCCGAGGCGCCCAAUUCUGAUCCGCAGAACACUGGCUCACCGCCACGGAGUGGCGACAAGGAGAGUGCCACGGAUAGACGGAGUCGACUCUUCCGCGCGGCCAGUGGUCAGCCGUCGAGUUCAAAGAAGAAGCACUCAUUGAGUCUGGGAUCGGAACAGAGUCAGCCCAAGUCAGCCCUGGACGCGUGUCUGUCGCCGACGAAUGUGGAGCCGCGGAAGUCGCUGCUGGAUCAAGUGGCGCGCACUUUUGCCACCGAUGAGGCCAUUCUGCCGGAUGUGGUGUCUCUCGUGGGACCGCCAGAGCUUCACCACGUGGCUCUGUCAUCGCGGCUGGCGCCACUGUUGGCGGCCUCCUUCAGACCCACCUUUGCGCCGCACAAUACGGCCGAGGUGCGAGCGGUGAUGCAGGCGCUGAUGAACAAGAUCCAGAAGUACUGCAACUCCACGGCCAAGCCGCCCACCACCAUUAAGGUGCUCCUCCUGGGUGGCGACUGGCUGCAGGGCGCCGUGCUGCGUCACUAUGUGGAGCUGCUGGGCGUGCGGCCACCCGACUGGGUGAAUCACAUCCGCUUCUACAUUGUUCCUAUUGGAAGCAGUGCCAUAUCGCGGUAUCUCAGCGCCGUGGACGCCACGUAUGGCGCCAUGUUCGGCAGCGAUGGUUGGCAGCAGCUCUGUGAGCGUGCCAUCGGUCCGGAUCCCGCACAGUCGAAGAUUGACGUGAUCGAGGUGACCAACAGGGUGCAGAGAUAUCUGCACAGCGCCGGGCCGUGCACGCAAAUCCCCAUCGCCGAGGCCAUGGUCAACUACAAGGAGGAGGACUCGUGCCAGAUCUUCGUUCCAUUCGUCAGUGAUGUGAAAUUGGGUUGCCCUGAAGGGCCGCAGGUGUCUCUGGACAUGGACGAGAGCCUCGGCUUGAGUGGUCAACAGAUCUCGAGUGCCCUGUCAAGUUCACCACCGCAGAGUGGCCGCAUGUCACCGCCGGUGCCAACAACGCCGGCCACACCAUCGCAGCAGCAGGAGAAGGCGGAGAAGUUGGAAAAACUGGAGAAGAUGCAGCAGAUGCAAGCGCAGCAGCCUGAGUCGUAUGAGUUGCAGAUUGACUAUUGGCCAGUCGCCGCGCGAUACACAGACAAUAAGGAGAAGAAGGAGGACAAGAAGGGAACUGAUCAGGGCAAAAACAGUAUUAAGAGCACUUUUAGGAAUUUGCAGGUUUGGCGACUCCCUCCGAAUCCUCAGGCCGGUGAACUUCUAUAUGGGCUGACGCUGAGCUAUUCCACGAAGGAGAAGAAGCAAAAAAUAAUGCGCUUGGGGAAGAAGAAGGAGAAGGAUCGUGAUAUGGAGAAGGAGCAGAGUGUUGAUGGCAUCGCGCGGCUCAUCUGCUCGCCGAAACCAUCGCAUCCAGUGCCGCUGCGUGUGUACAUUGACGGCACUGAGUGGACAGGUGUGAAGUUCUUCCAGCUCUCCUCGCUGUGGCAGACGCACGUGAAGAACUUCCCCGUGGGAUUGAUUGGUGCUCCGCUGGCUCCGGCCGAAACCUAGUCAUCUUGCGCGCUUUUCCUCCUCAACGCGCUUAAGCAAUUCAGCGGCUUUGGCAGGUCAACUACAAUGUGACGUUGAGUUGACGACAUGAGGAGCCUUUUAAAUUUGUAAUAUACGAUAUAUUUUAAAUAAUUGUGAUUUUAGUAGGAUUCAGAGAGUUGCAAAUUGUUCAUGUGUGUGAGAGAGAGAGAGAGAGAGAGAGAGAGAGAUAGAGAAAGUCAUGAUUUUCAUGCGAUGCUGGCGUAUAAAUUGUAUCUAUCAGUGAAGUGACAUAUCUAAAAUCAUUCUUUCAAUGUAUAAUUUGUUUGUGGAUCAAGAAAAGAAGAGACGCUGGAGUUUACGAAGGAAAACCAACUUCUCGGCUGUGGUUUCUUUAUGGAUGGAAGAUUUUUUUUUGGCAGAAAUCGAGCAAUUGCGCUCAGGAAUUGGAAAAUGGGAAUCAAUGUGCAGUGAAGAAGAAGAAGAAAAGAGGAAAGAAUUUAUUGAAGUUGUAAUUGAAUCACGGAACAAUAAUUAAUAUUUAAUUGAGAUGUGAAAAAGGACAAUUUGAAAGUUGAAUUGAGAAAUUUAUUAUAUUGAAAAGAGGAAUAAAUGGAAUUGCAACGAAAUAUAUUUUAAAAGUGCUUUGCAAACAUGAAGUAAAGAGGAAAGCACUUUUAAAGGAAUUACAGUUGGUAAUAAUAUUACCAUGAGAGUCAAUAAAGUAAAGUAAAAAAAUGGUAUAAAAUUGAAUAUUACAAAUUUGGGAUAGUAAAUAAAAUGAAUAGAAUGAUAAAUAAUAUCAAAAGAAAUAAAAAGACAUUAAUGCAGGUUUAUUAAAGAAAUAAAAAUUGAGUGUUGUAUUCUAUUGUGGAGAUUAAGGGAGAUAAAAAAAUAGCUGUGUUUACUAUUGAAGAUGUGUGUAGAAGAAAUCCUAGACGUGUAGUUUUCCUCACCCAGUUGAUCAAAGAGGAUUAGAAAUAUAUAUAUAUAUAUAUAUAUAUAUCAUCUCUUGCUCAUUUUAUGUUUAAACGUUUUCUUGUGACGAUUCAGGAGAAGUGAGAACAGGAGUUUAUAUCUUACGAGUAUAUCUAGUUGCAUGUGUAAACUUUUUCCCUCGGCACGCAAGGGCGCGUCACUUUUGGGGGCGUGUUUUUUGGCGCGUGUGCGAGAAGAGCCCAACAAUAUUUAAUCCCUUCUAUUGUGAGAAAUGAAAUUGUAAUUAUAUAUUGAUUGUAUUUGUAUUCUACAGGACAGGAAACAGUAUAUCACCUACUACUUAAUGUUUCUGGAGAUGGUCUCUUGUGCGAGACGAGAGAAGGUAGAAGUUUUGUGUAAACUGCAAUUCACUGAAAUACUCAACUGCUCUUACAAGAAUAACUAUAUUAUCUUAUAAAAGUAUAACCAUUAACUCUCUCUCUACGCGCCUUUAUCAGCGAUAAAGGGAUAUUUACACUCUAGCGAAGAGAAUAUUUAAUCAAAAAAAAAGAAGAGAAGCAUAAACAGAAGCAAAUAUGAUGAAAAUGAAAACCAUAAAACCAUUAACAGAAUUUUCCUCUUCUCUCAAAUGUUGUGAGAAAUUGUGCAGAAAAAUCUGCCUCGCGAUGAUUUUCUUUUUGUAGUUUAUAACUUUGUAUGAGAAAAAAGUCGCCAGAUGGAUUUGAUUUUGCAGUUGAACACACUGCAGAAUUUCCUUUGAACAUCACUUAACUGCCGCAAUGUUGUUGUUUACUCUCUUUUGCCACAAACCCUAUUUUUUCCCCCAUUUCACACCCGUUUGCACACUUUUCACAACGCGAAAUUCUUCUGUGACUGAGUUACAAAUUUCGCGCUAUUGAAGCAAAAAACAGAGUUUUAGAAAAAAAGAAAGAUCCUUGGUUGUGACUUUUUACGAGAAAUGCAAUUGACGUGGAGAAUAAGAGGAAGAGAAAAUUAAAAACAUUACCCUAAUAAUAAAAGAAAAAUUUUGUAGCAAAAGUAAUAUAUACGUAAUUUUAAAGGAUAUUUCAGUAGUGAAAAAUUAAACCUCAAUAAUCACACCAACACACAAGUAAUCAAUUACAUAAAUAAUUAUUGUUCAAAAUACCGACAAGAGGAAAACGAUGAAUUUGUCAUGAAGAAUAAAAUAUCAAAGAUAUUGAAAAAAAACUUCACAGUUAAAUUGACCUAAGAAAAAGGUGAAAAAAAGAGAUCAUUAAUGAUAAAAAAAGAAUGCUUGACUGUACUGUAAAUGUGAUUAAAACAUUUAAAAGAAAA